GAUGAGCCCGGUGCCGUCCGCUGGCCGACUGCCUGGAAACAGCAUUAGAUGGUGGAAGGUGGAGGAGCGGUCGGUUCAGGGACGGACAGACGAGGCCGGACCUUCAUGAAACGCAUCAGUGGCCUCUGACCUGGAAGCAGCAAAAUUCAUGACAAAUGUGAUGCUGCCUGUUUCUACAUGUAUAUUAUCAUUUGAAGUCUGUUUAAUUCUAUACCGCUUUUUAUGACUGAGCUCCUGGGGACGAUCGUCCACCAUCAUCUGGAUCAAACCACCCACGAACUGUGUGUCCGUCCUGCUCCCAGCGAAUAAAUCCCCAAUCAGCACAAUGGCAUGAAGCUCCUCUCUAUAUAAAUCUAUACGCACGCAUACACACAUGGAGGUCCGUGCGUGUGCGGCAUCUGUCACCUCUGGCGCUUAUCUGUGGGAACCACCGGCAGCAGAUGAGCUCAGUGAUAAACGGCUCCGAGCUCCACGCGAUCAGAGAAGAAAAGCAGGUCUCUGUUUCUGCUUUGGGAUGCGCGACCACACACUUAAUAAACACAAUUUGUCUGGACUUGUCUGCCUAAACGCCCCCCCCAUCCCUGUGGAGCCCCCCCCCGUCUAGUACUCUGAGGUCUGAGCUGCAUGCUCACUGUCCCGAAACAUGAUGAACCACUCAGCCCUGUGGGAAUUUCUCCUCCCAGCAGCGUCAUCUGCAUCUGUGUGUGAGCGAGCAGCAGCAGCAGCAGCAGCAGCAGCAGCAGCUCAGCUCACUCCACACAGCUCUGCCACGCAAAGUUCUGCCUCCCGCUCCCGCUCAUUGGCUCCUGACUCCUGAAUGACUGGAGGAGGGAUGAUCCGCAGCCGGAGGACGCCCGCCUGGUUCCGGAGCCCGGCGGCCGCGCUGGGCUCGGAGGCGCAGGAUGCUGAGCUCUGCGCAGCGUGAGCGGAGGGACGCGUCCGCCCUCCUCCUCCUCCUCCUCCGCCUCCGACUCCGCGCUCGCUCCCGGAGCCGCUGGCACGCCAGGGUCACGCCGGCAGGACCCCCGUCCACCUCAGUCCUCUCCAGCUGCGCCGUGAUCCUGUUUCCCAGUGCCGCACUUGACCCGAAGGCUUUCCAGGCAAAACAGAGGGAUUAAGUAUGAAUGCGGCUCUGACUGGGACACACACAAGACUGUGACGUCUGAGGAAAGUCACCUGAGAUUCGUCUGAGAAUAAACAAACCCGAAGGCUCCUGUCAUGGUCGGAUGCCAAUAAACACAAGCCCACCAUGGAGGGAGAGAACCCACUAAACUCCACUCUGAACGCCAGUGCCAUGGACGCUCAGCAAGUCCCACCGAGCCUGUGGGAGGUCAUCACCAUAGCAACUGUGUCAGCCAUCGUCAGCCUCAUCACCAUUGUUGGGAAUGUUCUGGUAAUGCUGUCUUUUAAAGUCAACAGCCAGCUCAAGACAGUGAAUAAUUACUAUUUACUGAGUCUGGCAGCUGCCGACCUCAUCAUAGGUGUUUUCUCCAUGAAUCUCUAUACCUCCUUCAUAUUGAUGGGCUACUGGGCCCUGGGAAACCUGGCCUGCGACCUGUGGUUGGCGGUGGACUACGUGGCCAGCAAUGCCUCGGUCAUGAACCUGCUGGUGAUCAGUUUCGACAGAUACUUCUCCAUCACGCGGCCGCUCACCUACCGGGCCAAGCGGACGCCCAAGCGAGCGGGGGUCAUGAUCGGCCUGGCCUGGCUGGUGUCGCUCGUCCUGUGGGCCCCGCCCAUUCUCUGCUGGCAGUACUUUGUCGGAAAGAGGACGGUGCCUGAGCGGGACUGCCGGAUCCAGUUUUUUUCGGAGCCAGUUAUAACCUUUGGGACAGCGAUUGCUGCCUUUUAUAUUCCUGUGUCCGUCAUGACGAUCCUGUACUGUAGAAUCUACAAGGAAACCGAGAAGAGGACCAAAGAUCUGGCCGAGCUGCAGGGGACCAACUACGCAGCAGACUCUGGGGCCCCGCAGCCUCAGAAGACCAUUAUCAGGUCCUGUUUCAGCUGUAAGCUGAAGUCGGCGUCGCACGACAGGAACCAAGCGUCCUGGUCGUCCUCCAGCAGAAGCAACGCCGGCAAAUCAACAGCGACCACCAGCGACGAGUGGUCCAAGGCGGGUCCGCUGACCACCUUCAACAGCUACGCGUCCUCCGAGGACGAGGACCGGCCCGUGUCCCCGGGCUUCCAGGCCUCCUUCAGGAACCAGGCCUGCGAGUCCGGCAGGAGCGGCGCCGGCAGCUACGAUGAGGACGCCUUCUUCCAGGCGUCGCCCCAAAGCGGCUCCCAGAGGAGCAAGUGCGUGUCCUACAAGUUCAGGCCCGCGGCCAAAGACGCUCACGCUGAGCUCCAGACCAGAAACGGAGACGCCAAAGCGGCGCCGGCCUCGUACUCCUCGGCCGAGUCCAUGAGCGCGCCAUCCACCUCCUCGGCCUCCAAGCCCAUGGACAUGACGCUGAAGAGCCAGAUCACCAAGAGGAAGCGCAUGGUGCUGAUCAAGGAGAAGAAGGCGGCGCAGACGCUCAGCGCCAUCCUGCUGGCCUUCAUCCUCACGUGGACGCCCUACAACAUCAUGGUGCUCAUCUCCACCUUCUGCUCCACGUGCAUCCCCCGCUCCCUGUGGCACCUGGGCUACUGGCUGUGCUACGUCAACAGCACCGUCAACCCCAUGUGCUACGCCCUCUGCAACAAGACCUUCCAGAAGACCUUCCGCAUGCUCUUGUUCUGCCAGUGGAAGAAGAAACGGACUGAGGAGAAGUUGUACUGGUACGGACCCAACCCUGGGGUGAGCUCCAAGCUGACGUGAAGCGUCACAUGUUCUGGCUGGCGUCACUCAGAGACGGAGGCAAGGAGGCUGCUCCAAGCUUUAGUUUUACCCCAGAACCAGCCUGAAAAGGUGGAGGUGUCCCAUCAACCUGCAGAUAAUCCCAUUUUAUUUAUAUUGUCAGUCUGGAUUCGACCCAGUGCUCCAAUCACAUGUACAGUUACUGUGUCUGUAUUGAGGCUGUGCAUUUUUGGACUGGUGUUUUAUUUUGAAGGGCUAAUCCCUGUUGUCCUGAUGUGGCUGUCGCUCGCUAUAUCAAGAUUGUGAUAAUCAAAGCUUUUCCCACAUGUGACAGUGUCAGUCUUCAGAUCAGAUCAUGUCAUAGUUACACUGCUAUUUAUGGCUCACAUCCAAAUUUAAAGGCUUUAAUUGUUUCGCUAAUGGUGUCAGUGUUUACACAGAAAGUGGUUAAAGGAUGUGAACGCACACUUUAUUAGAAUCAGUUUUACUAUUUAUCCUCAGGAUCUUUUCUUUGUUGUCAUCUUUAAGCAACGGAUGAACGAGAAGGAGACGCGUCACCGUCUACAUGUCCAGAACACUUUUACUUAACUGUGAUGAACCAGACGUCUGCAGCUCGAGCAAUGUCAGAAAUGCUUUGCUUCAAUUAUAUCGGCUUCAUACGUGACUGAAACAAAGCUAGAGCUAAAAGUGUUUGCUUUUCGUAGUGUUCGUUUGUUCUGUUUGUUUCCAGAUGAUGUGUUUCUGUAUCGAUUGUUGUGAAUUCAGUGUCCAAGAUAAAACCUAUUGAGAGAGAA